UCCUCGUACAAUAUGUAGGCUUAUUUUUACGAACGUCAUCCGGAUAAUCUGUUCUCUGAUUAGUUAAUUAACUGACUCUAAGACACGCUCCGAAACUAACGUUUUCUGUCAGUAUUACAGUUCACGAGGGAAUCUAACCAACACUAAUAAUUGCAUUAAUCUUAGAACACUUAAAAUUCAGUUGAUUCAUAAAUGUAACGAUCAGAACAAACUAACAAUUUUUUACGCCAUUAUCUCUAAUAAGUUAUAAUUUUGAAGAAAUUCUAAAUUAUAUAAUAAAACAUUGUUUACUAAUGUUUACUAGUAAGGAAAAACUAAUAAAACGUACUGGAAAAAAUGCUAUUGGCCGUUAUGAUUUUUUGAAACUUCUAGUUACAGAAUUUAAAACUACCAAGUCGAAAGAAGCAAGAGAGCAGGUAUUAGCAAACCUUGCUAAUUUUUCUUAUGAUCCUAUUAACUACGGAUAUAUAAGACAACUUAAAAUAAUUGAUUUGUUCCUUCAUACAUUAUCAGAAGAUAAUAUAAAGUUGGUACGUUUUGCGGCAGGAGGUAUUUGUAAUCUAUGCACUGAUCCAAUAAAUAAGUUGUAUAUUUUACGUAAUCACGGCAUUCAAUUAUUGACAUCCCUGCUUUGCUUACAAGACGAAGAUACCAUACUUUCAGUGAUUACCAGUUUAAUAUUUUUGAUCACACCUGAAUCUAAAGAUCAAAUAACGAUUGAAACGUUUGAAACAAUUUCUGAUUUUGUAAAGCAUGAAAAUAAUCGUAUACAAAAUUUGGCAACAGUAUUUUUAAACAACCAUUGCAAAGCAAAAGCUGGAAAUCAGAGUACGAAAAAUAUAUAAAUCUGUAUUCCAACAUAUUAAAUGUCUUGUAAUUCGUGAAUAUUUGUAAAUCUAAUUGUUAAAGAAUGCAAACAUUGUAAAGUACAGUUUACAUAAAAAAUAAAAUGAAGCUGACAAAGUCAU